CCGCGCCGCGACGGAGCGACGGCGGUGCUCGGCUCGGUUCGGCUCGGCUCCGCACCGCUCCGCACCGCCCGGCACCGCGCGGCUCCCCCCGAGCGGCGGCCCCGGGCCGCGCCCCCCGUUGCUGUCGGAGAGGCGAGAGCACCGGGCCCUGCGAUGCCGUUUGGCUGCGUGACACUGGGGGACAAGAAAGACUACAACCAACCGUCCGAGGUGACCGACAGAUAUGACCUGGGCCAGGUCAUCAAAACGGAGGAGUUCUGCGAAAUCUUCCGGGCAAAGGAGAAGACAUCGGGGAAGCUGUACACCUGCAAGAAGUUCUUGAAGCGGGACGGGCGCAAGGUGCGGAAGGCUGCCAAGAAUGAGAUCAUCAUCCUGAAAAUGGUGAAGCACCCCAACAUCCUGCAGCUGGUGGACGUCUACAUCACGCGCAAGGAGUACUUCAUCUUCCUGGAGCUGGCCACGGGCCGGGAGGUUUUCGACUGGAUCCUGGACCAGGGCUACUACUCGGAGAAGGACACCAGCAACGUCAUCCGGCAGGUGCUGGAGGCUGUCGCAUAUCUGCACUCUCUCAAGAUCGUUCACAGGAACCUCAAGCUGGAGAACCUGGUGUACUACAACCGCCUGAAGAACUCCAAGAUCGUCAUCAGUGACUUCCACCUGGCCAAGCUGGAGAAUGGUCUCAUCAAGGAGCCCUGCGGCACCCCUGAGUACCUGGCUCCGGAGGUGGUGGGGCGGCAGCGGUACGGGCGGCCGGUGGACUGCUGGGCCAUUGGUGUCAUCAUGUACAUCCUCCUUUCGGGGAACCCCCCCUUCUACGAGGAGGCGGAUGAGGAUGACUACGAGAACCACGACAAGAACCUCUUCCGCAAAAUCCUGGCCGGGGACUACGAGUUCGACCCCCCCUACUGGGAUGACAUCUCGCAGGCAGCCAAGGAGCUGGUGACACGGCUGAUGGAGGUGGAGCAGGACCAGCGGAUCACGGCGGAGGAGGCCAUCUCCCACGAAUGGAUCUCUGGCAACGCUGCCUCCGACAAGAACAUUAAGGAUGGCGUCUGCGCUCAGAUCGAGAAGAACUUCGCCAGGGCCAAGUGGAAGAAAGCCGUGCGAGUGACCACGCUCAUGAAGCGGCUGCGGGCGCCCGAGCAGACGGAGUCGGCCCCUGCAACCACCGCCGCCACCACCGCCACCACCGCCACCGCCGCCACCGCCACCACGGACGCCGCGGCCCCCCUGACCCCCGCCACGCCGCCCACCGCCAGCCCGGCCGCUGACACGUGUAACGGGGCCGGGGACGCCGCCGCCGCCGCCCUCGCCGAGGCCCCCAGCGAGCCGAGCGGCUGAGCGGCAGCCCUGUACAUAGCCCGGCAUGGCCCCCGCACCCCUCGCCUGCGCCCCACUUUUCUACGUGCCCCCAGCGGAGAGCGGGGCAGCGCCCUGCAUGGAGCCCGUCCCCUCCCGGUCCCCGCCGCUCUCUCAGUCUGUCCCCCGCCGCCUCCCCCGUCCCCUCCCCCGGGGAUGCUCAGAGAUACCCGCGGACAACCCCCGGGGACGCGCGCUCACGGGCCGGGCCCGAGGCGGGACGGAGGGGGGAGGUCGGUCCUUCCAUCGCCCGCCUCCGACCUGCCGGCCCCCGGGGGAGGGGGGCGGAGCAGAGCGGGGAUCCCCGAAGCGCCGCGCCCAGCCGGCCCCCCCCCGUUC